AUGGCGGCGGCGGCGCCUGCGCCCAACACCAGUGGAAUCCUUUUGGUGCGCUUUUUCACCGCUUCAGGGCCUGUGAAAUGCGACGCCUUCAAGAGCUGGCUGCAGGAGUACGCGCAGAAACUCGGCGUCACGGCUCCGGAGUAUCACACCCUCAAGGAGGGGCCCUGCCACGAGCCCAUCUUCAAGUCCGCGGUGGUGAUCAACGGCGCCAAGUACGACUCCAUGCCCGGAUUUUUCACCCGGAAGGCCGCAGAGCAGUCCGCUGCUGAAGUCGCGCUCAUGGAAAUUGUCGAGUCCAUCCCAAUCAUUGGGAGAAUUCCAGCAGCUCUACAAACUGGCCUCUGCAAGAAUCUUCUUCAGGAGUAUGCUCAGAAGAUGAAUUACACUCCAUCUUAUAGCUUGACCAGACAAGCUUCGAGGAUAGCUCCUUUUACAUGCACCGUAGGGAUUGGUGGUAUACAUUACAUUGGGCCUGCAACCAGGUCAAAGAAAGAGGCAGAGAUAAAAGCUGCCCGAACUGCUCUUCUUGCAAUACGAGGUCAAUUAGAGGGUUGUGGAAGUGGUGCCAGCAAGUAUAUUGUAGUUCCUAGCAAAAGGCGAGUUAAGGAGACAGCGAAAAGGCCAAUUGAAAUCCCAAAAUCACUUGAGGUGAAGAAAGGUGGUUUCAAGAAGAAAUGGAACAAGAGGAAGUUCAUGAAAAAGAAUAGCCAAGCAGUUCAUGUGGAAAAGAAUGAAGGAAGAAUGGCUGAAGAUGUCAUUAACCCAAUGUCCCCAUGCACCCAACAAUCAACACAGGAGCUAUCCAGCGACUAUACUAUAAUGCUGAAAGAUGACGAGGAAGCUAGAAGAGCAGUACAGGAACCAGGCGGCGACGCUGUAAAGCUGCAACCUAGUAAGGAAGCUAGAAGAGCAGAACAUGAUUCAGACAUUGCAGCGCUGCAACCUUAUAAGGAAGCUGGAAGAGUGGAACUGGAGCCAGACACUGCAAUGCUGAUACCUGUUGAGUUAGAGGGAAAAGCAGAACAUGUGCAAGGUAAUGACAUUGUGAUGCUGCCACCUGAUCACGAAGUUAGAAGAGUAAAACAGGUGCCAGGAAGUGACACUGCAAUGCUGCAACGUAAUAACGAAGCUAGAAGCAUAGAACAGGAGCUGCACGGAGAUUCUGGAAUGGCGCGAUCUAACAAGGAAGCUGGGACUGCAAUGCCUCGCAAUUUCAGGGAAGCCAGAACCAUGAAGCAUGAUUCACAACACCGGUGCAGCCUAAUGUAGAUGCUGCAGACGUGAAGGCGGACCCACCGAGCAACGCUGGAAAGAAACCAGGACCUUGGGACAUAAUCAUUUUGUGGAUAUGCAGGAAUGGGUUGAGAUCAUAUUCGCCCAACUCUUCGACCACGGAAAGAUUUGUAAUGUGGUAGGUGGUAGCCUUGGAAUGUUUAAUGUGUUGAUCUUGAAAGAAGUGGAACCUGAAUAUGUAUAGGUGGCUGUGCAGCUAGUGUGGAGCAAUGCAAUUUGCAAAUAUGUGUAGUGGGGAUUGUUAGUCCUGCCAGCUAGUUUUUCUUUUUCUUUUUUGCCUAGGAUUUUUAAGAGAUUACUAAGAAAAGAAACUGAGGUUUGUGAUGCAUGCAUGUCUCUUACUCCCUCCGUUCUUAAAUAAUUGUAGUUAAAUAAUUGUAGUUAACGUUCAAAAAAUAAAUAAUUGUAGUUGGGGAGAACUAGGCUAGUUCUUCCGAACUACAAUUAUUUAAGAACGGAGGGAGUAGUUUUGAUGUCGUCACUGGAUUAAUAUUAGUGCAGUUCAGUGGUAAUCAUUCUUGGCACUGAUAGAUUCUAUUUGGACUUCCUUCUUGGUGAAAGCAGCAAAGAGAUUGUUGGAUUUGGGACCCUGCAUGCAAAGUGAUUGUAGACCUUAGAGGCUCGGAUUGGCCACUCGUGUAGGUUGCUCUUUUGCUUAUACAUGCAACGAUAUAUUGGCACUUACUGAUCACAAUUCAUCUCUACAUUCUCAUCACUUAUGACACACUACACCUUUUUUUUAAACAAGGCAAAAGAUUUGCCAUUUUCAUUGUUUAAGAACCCGUUAGGUAAUCCACCGGCUCCUACGAUCUGC